GAGUUGAACAUGGCCAAAGCGGAAAAGGAAGGCUUUGUUGUGAAGUUUGUGGAGAGUAAAGGAUCAAAAACAGAGUAUGCUGUCAAAGCGUAUGAGGCCAUUUUGGAGCUCCAGUCUGAAAAGCAUAUGAAAACUAUACAGGAGGAGGAUGUUUUGCAGAUGGAUCAGAAGGAUAAGUCUCUGUUUGUGUUCAGCAGCUUCACCUCCCCGGCUUUUCUGCACUGCAAAGAGCUUGGCUGCAGAGUAGUGAGUCCGUUGGUGGUGUUGUACUGCCUGCAGCAACAGCGAUGUGUCCCCAAAGCAGAGAAGCCUGUCUAUAAUAUGGCGAUGGCUGACAUCACUAUUUCCUGCACCAGUCUGGAUAAAUCAACACGGACAGAUGUGAUGGAUCUGGUGCAACUCAUGGGUGGACGUGUCUAUCUCGAUCUUAAUGUGUCUGUAACACACCUGAUUGCAGGGGAAGUGGGAAGCAAAAAAUACCUGGUCUCUGCCAACCUGGGUAAACCCAUCCUGCUGCCCACCUGGGUCAAAGCUUGCUGGGAAAAGUCACAGGAUAGUCUCUUUAGGUACACAGACUUGCCAGUGGAGGACUAUCUUUGUCCUGUGUUGCUUGGCUGUACUGUUUGUGUGACGGGCCUCUCUAGCACGGAGCGCAAAGAGGUGCAGCGGCUCUGUGAGCAGCACGGAGCCAGCUACACCGGCCAGCUCAAAAUGAAUGAGUGCACACACCUCAUUGUUAGUGAACCAACAGGUCAGAAGUACGAGUGCGCUCGGAAGUGGAAUGUGUUUUGUGUUUCUAUACACUGGCUAUUUGACAGCAUAGAGAAGGGUUUCUGUCAAGAUGAGAGCAAAUACACUAUGGAGCGCAGUGGAUCAAAAAGACCACAUACCUCUACACCUACGGGCAACAGCAAGAAGGAAGAUGGUCCAUCUCUGCUGGGUUUGAGCAACAUUUCUGUCAAUGCUAGCGUGACAGUACACGAUACCGUCCUGACCAAUGCCACCAUCAGCCGUCUGGAGGCCCCAGACCCCACAGACAGUCUAGAUCUCACCGUUUGCCCAGCUGAUGAUAUACUGGAUGGAUGUAAGCUGUAUUUAUGUGGUCUGCCGCUGAAAAAGCUGGAGAAGCUGCGGCGUCUUGUGAACGCUGCAGGAGGUCUGCGCUUCAACCAGCCCAGCGAGGAACUCACACAUGUGGUCAUGGGAGAUCUGGACAAGAAGUUCAAGGAAUUUCUCUCUACAGUGACUCAUAGGCCUCAUGUUGUAACAGUGCAGUGGCUCCUGGACAGUUGCUCCAAAGGCAGGCUGCUCUCAGAAGCAGGAUACCUCCAUCCUGAUUGUCUUCCUCCUGCUUCAGCCGCUGUAACUCUGCCAGCUCCCCACACGCCCAAAUCUCGGCCGUCAGACGGCCCGCCUAAUGCCAGCCCCACGACUCCCGGACAAAAGAGAGCAGAGGAGGAUCUGCUGUCGCAGUACAUGGAUGAUGACCCCACAGUGGUUGAAAUGCCAGCAGAGGACAUGAGCAGGAAGUCCAUCAGCAUGGCUGCAGAACCUCAACCUGAGUCCUGGGCGCCCAACCGCACCGGGGGACCACAACCAGACUCGAGUAUGCAGGAAGCCAGUGAGGCAGGCUUGUUUUCUGGGAAAUCUUUCCUCCUUGUGGGCUUUGACACCGAAGCAGAGACGCAGCUCUCUAUGCUGGUGUUAGAACAUGGAGGGAAGGUGCUGAGUGGCCGUCGUCGUGUCGUGGCAGACUUUGCUGUGGUUCCUCUUCUGGGCUGCCCAGUGGAGGCCACCGUGGACGAGGUGGUAACCGAUACGUGGCUGGCCAUGUGUGUGGAGAAGGAGUGUGUUUUGCGGCUCUCCUCCAACCCUUUGUUCACCCCAGUUCCUGUCAGGGAAGGCCGUUUUCCUCUCAAAGACUGCGUUCUCUCAGUCAGCCAGUUCACUGGCGCAGAAAGGGAGUCUUUGGUGGAGCUGGCCAAGCACAUCGGAGCCAAUGUCCAGGAUUACUUUGUGCGUCUGGCCAACCAGAAGAAGGGCAUGUUGGCCAGCACUCAUCUGGUGUUACAGAGUCCAGAAGGGACAAAAUACCAGGCAGCUAAGAAGUGGGGUCUUCCUGCCGUUAACCUGCGUUGGAUACUAGAGUCAGCACGAACAGGCCAGAGAGCAGCGGAGGAGAGAUUUCUGAUCGAGCUGCCGGUCUCACCAGAACGGGAUGAGGAAAGUUUUGUCGUUGGUUCCCAGAAACCAGUCGUGGCUCCGCCAGCUCGUUUGUCUCCAGAAAUCCCUUUGCUGGGCCCACAGUUUGGUAAAGCUGUCACUCCGCUGGAUGUAGGUCGCUUUCAGAGCAAAGUGUUUCGCUCUGUGUUGGAUGAGACGAAGCCCAAAGAGGAUUUCAGCACUCCCAAACAGAACCAGGAGGGCGUCAGGAGGAAUCCACUCCAGAAGGAGCCCUCGCUGCAGCUGGACACGCCUUCUCGUUUCCUCAGAGACCAGCUCUUCAGGCCCUCUUUCAAUGUCAAGGAUGCACUGGGAGCUUUGGAAACCCCAGGAGGGCGAUCGAAGCCGGGAGGGAGAGUGGAGACUCCACUCACCAACGUCAUCAACAGGAACCUGAAAGUGGCUCUGGCCAAUAGCUCGCGCAGUAAUGUGGCAGAAAUGCAAGCAGUCUCUGCUAGUCCACAGCUUACAAAGACGGCUGAUAAGGAGGUACCGCAAAAAGAAUCUGGACCCCUGACAGGUGUUGUGAUCUGUGUGGGAAAGAAACUGAGCAAAAUUCAGAGUGAAUUAAAUGCCGUUGGUGCUUCGCUUGGAGCUGAUUUCAGGUGGGCGUGCGACGACACGGUGACGCACUUCAUCUACCAGGGCCGGGUGGGAGACAACACCCGCGAAUACAGAGGAGCGAAGGAACGAGGGCUGCAUGUCGUCUCCCAGCACUGGCUGCACGCUUGUGCUGAGGAGCAGAGGCACGUCCCAGAGUCGCUGUAUCCCUUCACUUACAACCCCAAGAUGAGCCUAAACCUGAGCCAGGUGCCCAGCAACUCUCAGAGGUCGCCCCCUUUAACAAGAACGCAGUGCAGAGACGCCACUAUAUCGAAGCAAGACAAGUCUGAGCUCAAUGGCUUAGAAGAGACCAAAACUCUGCGUCGUGUAAGCGAUGGAAGUGUGGACCAAGAAGAAAUGAGCAAUAAUACCGAGAGGAAGGAUGCUCUGGAAAUGCAAGAGAACCUGCAGAGGCAGCUCCAGGAGAUCAUGUCGGCCACCAAGAGGACGGCAGGGAGGCGUUCUUCAGUCAGACUGGCUAGGAUGGGAUCCGGAGGGACGGAUUCAGGCCCACAAACACCUGAGGGGGGCCGAGCGGGACGCAGUGGGAACAGACGAACUCUGGAAGCUCUGAGGAUGUCCAGGGAAGCAGCCUUCGACGUAAACACGGAGCCGUCUCAGAGCGAACAGAUCGUCUGGGACGACCCCACGGCCAGGGAGGAGAGGGCGAAGCUGGCUGAUAAUCUGCAGUGGCCCGGCAGCCCCUCGCAGCAGUCAGACCCCCUCGCAUUCACCCCGGCCCCCCAAACCGGACCACACGACAAGGACUCCAUGACGGACUCAGAGCUGGUGGAGAUGGCUGCCUGUGACGUAAUUGAGCAACACAUGUCCAAGAGGGUCAUGACGCCGCCACCAGAAGAUCCAGAGGACGACAUCCUGACUCCUAAAGCUCCCAGCAUCGCCUUCCCUCUCGCCAACCCCCCAGUCGCCCCCCAGCCGCAGGAGGAGAAGGAGGAAGAAAAGCAGCCACCCAGAUUUCAGCUGUCUUCCCUCAGCCCCCAGGAGCGCAUUGAUUACAGUCACCUCAUAGAGGAGCUCGGCGGUGUAGUCCUGGACCGGCAGUCCUUUGACUCCAGCUGCUCCCACAUCAUCGUUGGGAGCCCCCUGCGUAACGAGAAGUAUCUAGCAGCGAUGGCGGCCGGUAAAUGGAUCCUGCAUCGGUCCUACCUGGAAGCUUGUCGCUGUGUGGGCCACUUCGUUCAGGAGGAUGAGUACGAGUGGGGCAGCAGCACCAUCCUGGACGCGCUGCCCUCCAUCACCUCCCAACAGAGGAGGCUGGCGCUGGCGGCGAUGCGCUGGAGACAAGAGCUGCAGGGAAGUUCAGAGGGAGCCUUCAGUGGCUGGACAGUGAUGCUGAACAUCGACCAGAGUAGAGAAUCAGGCUUCAGGCGGCUGCUGCAGUCUGGCGGGGCAAAGGUUCUGCCGAGUCCCUCCCCAUCCUUGUACAGGGAGGCCACACACCUGUUUGCAGACUUCAGCCGACUAAAGCCCGACGACUUCAGGGUGGACGUAGCAGAGGCGGCCGCACAAGACGUGAACUGCCUGAAGCCUGAGUACAUUGCAGAUUACCUCAUGCAGGAGCCAAUCCCUCCUAUGGAGCUGUACUACCUGACUGCAGCUCCCGCUGAAGACGCUCCAGGGACGCCGUCACGAAAACGUAAAGCUGCAGCAGAGAAAUCCGGGCUGAAGAAGAGCCGUUUGAACUGAAACAUUCAUUUGCAGAUGUCCUGCGCAUUGAUUGUCUGAUUGUAAAUAAGAUUCUUUUUUUCCAUG